AUGCUGGACACGUUCGAAAUCAUAACGACUUCGGGCGUUGUCCUCUGGUCCCGCACAUACAGCCCGGUGAACCCUUCGAUCAUUAACAAUUUCAUCACCGAUACUUUCAUUGAAGAAAAGCACUCUGGCAAUGUCGUCCAAAGUUCUCAAUCGGCCUCCUCAAAUCCCGCCUACAAGAUGGACCAUCACACCCUCAAGUGGACCAUGGUAAAGGAGCUCGGAGUUAUCUUUGUUGUUGUAUAUCGAUCACUUCUUCACUUAAGCUGGGUGGAUAAACUCGUCGACAACAUCCGUACCAUCUUUGUCAGUCUCUAUGGCGAGCAGGUCAAGAAACCACGCACGACACUGGUCGAAUGCCACGGGUUCGAUGAAUACUUUGAUCAACAACUUCGGGAACUCGACAAAUCCAGUACCUCGGAUCCUACCGAGGCUAUUGAUGAUGUGGGCGACUCCCCAGAGAGCAAGAAACUCUCCGCACCAGGAUUGACUUACAGAGGCCGAGCUGUUUCUAAUGGCGCUGGCAAAGAGGAAGCAUCGGCCGAUUCAACGCCCAAUACGUCGCGGCCAUCGACACCUGCCAGCAAUUUAGUAGUUGCUAAGGCCGGUCCCGUAGCCAAGAUGUCCAGGCGUGCGCGCAAAGCUAAGCACAACUCGGCGCCUGUCUCGUCGGGAGACGAAGCCUCUCGCCCGAAGAAGGCUGCGGGUGGCAAAAAGGGUAGAAAAUGGGACGCCGACGGCUUCGCAGACGAAGAUGAUGAUGUGCAGCUCGACUACUCUGCACAUGAUGGUGGCGGCGCAGGCAAGUCUGGCACAGUAGAGUCAGUUGACUCAUCUACCUGGGGCACAUCGGCCAAGGGUAAGUUCGUGCUGCGUGACCUGGGCGACGAGGUACAAGGCAUCCUUGCCACUGCGCAGGCAGAAAAGGCGGCUGCAUCGCGUGCGGCGUCGGCGAAAGCUGGUAUCCUCGGCUCGGGUGUAAACGCUAUCAGUGGACUCUUCCGCAACGUCGUUGGCGGCAAGACCCUGACAUCCGAGGACCUCGCAAAUGCCAUGAAAGGCAUGGAAGAGCACUUGCUUCGCAAGAAUGUGGCCAGAGAAGCUGCUGUGCGGCUUUGCGAAGGUGUGGAAAAGGAACUAGUAGGCACCAAGACUGGAACCUUUGAAGGCAAGCUUGCGAACACAAUCCACCAACCAUCGCUAAUACUAACGUGGCUCACAGGUAUCAAUGCGAGGAUCCAAACGGCCAUGGAGGCCUCUCUUACCAAGAUGCUCACGCCGACAUCAUCUCUUGAUCUGCUCCGCGACAUUGACUCCAUCACUUCACCACCUGUUACAUCUCUCCGCCAGCGCCGCCCCUAUGUCAUGUCGAUUGUUGGCGUCAACGGUGUGGGCAAAUCAACUAACCUGUCCAAGAUUUGCUUCUUUUUGUUGCAAAACAAGUACAAAGUGCUUAUCGCGGCUGGAGACACAUUCCGUUCCGGCGCGGUCGAGCAGCUUGCUGUGCACGUUCGCAACCUCAAGGAGUUGACGGCGCGUGAGGGCGGCCAGGUCGAGCUGUACCAGAAGGGCUACGGCAAGGAUGCCGCUACUGUGGCCAAGGACGCCGUCACCCACGCCGCGCAGGAGGGCUACGACGUGGUCCUCAUCGAUACGGCCGGCCGCCGGCACAACGACCAACGCCUCAUGUCGUCGCUCGAAAAGUUUGCCAAGUUUGCUCAGCCUGACAAGAUCCUUAUGGUCGGCGAGGCCCUUGUUGGUACAGACUCGGUCGCCCAGGCACGCAACUUCAACGCUGCCUUUGGUGCCGUUCGCUCCCUCGAUGGCUUUAUCAUUUCUAAAUGCGAUACUGUCGGCGAUAUGGUGGGCACCCUCGUCAGCCUGGUCCACGCUACCAAUGUACCUGUUCUCUUUGUCGGCGUCGGCCAGCACUACUCGGACUUGCGCAACUUUUCCGUCAAGUGGGCUGUUGAGAAGCUUCUCAGCAACAACUAG